AUGCCGUCGCUGCAUCUGAGCCCGCUGGGAUUCGGCUGGCAGCGCGAGGCGAAGGCAAAGGGCAGCCGGAUGGACACGGUAACCAAGGAAGGCGGGGCGCUCUUCAGCGCAUGCAUCUGCUGCAUCAAUGAGAUGGACACGACGGAUAUCCUCAUCCUCUGCAAGGGUGCGCAGGAAUUCCUCUGCAUUGAGGAAAAGGUCUGCCUCGCGGCAGACACCGAACACUUCCCCAUCGGCCUCAUCAAGGAGGACGGGAUGAUCUGCAAGGUUGGCCUCCCCUGCUGCACGUGCGGGCUCAAGGUGCCAGAGGUGCUCAUCAAGGGGGAGGGCCAGUGUCUCUGCUGCAAAAACAAGGCGUCCUUCCCGUUUGUUGAGGAGUACGUGGCAAAGCCCGUCUGUGCAAUCUGCUUCAUCGCCCUGAUCCCCAACUUUGGCAUUUGCAAGCCCUUCAAAGAGGUGAUGGGCGCACCCGAGAUUGCUGAGAUGGAGCGCUGA